CCCCACUGACCCACUCCAGAGCUGCCACGGGGCUUGCUUAGUUCCAGACCAGUGGGAGCAGGGAAUGAUCGAAUGAUCUAACUGGGGGAAGCACCCACCCGCCUCAGCCAGCCUGCCCUCCCGCCAAAGGGGCCCUGGCUCACCUUCUGGCCCUCCCAUCUUGUCUAUAAUUUUAAUUGCCACUUUUCUUUGGUGUUUUUUGGAAAAUGCUUCUUUGACUUUUGAGUAGGUACCUUCCCCAAUGGUCUUGCCCAGCUGGUAUCCAUUGGAGAGCAGAAAGUCCUCCAUGCUGUCUAGCGCCUCCUUCCUAUCACCCUCUCAGCUCAUGCUGCCUCUGCGAGGCAGCUCUACGCCACCAUCGCCCUUGGCCUGCUCCUUUUCUCCCCAAGCACUUCAUCCGCAGCCGCCCCCGGCGUUAGAACAUUGUCUGGACACAGCCGCGGGUGGUGGGGAGGGAGAGGGCCAGACAUUUUAAGACUCUGGUGCAAUUGUGAUGUAAAUGCUGUGUGACCCUUGGCCAAAAUGGGUAGUGCCCCUAUCUGCUCUCAUUACCACCACCAAACCCAGCCCGGGUUAAGUCACCGCCGCGCCCACUCCCGCGCCAGGCACUGGGUCAUAGCUCCCCCUAGGAGGGCGUUCCGCGGCGUCUGUGUGGGCCGGGGAUACCCGUAUCGCAGCCGUGGACGCCGUCUUGCGGCGGGUUGCCCUGGCCUCCUGCGCCGCACUAGGUUAGCUGGGGUCGGCGCGACCCCGUCUCCAGGCGCCACGGCCAAAGCCCUCCAGUUCCUGGCUCCAACCUGCGCUAAGUGCCUGGGGCGGCCGGGGGCGCCGUUGGGGAUUCCCCAGCUGGAGGAACGGGCUCUGUGAGGUCAGCGCGCCGUGGCCUGGGUCACAAUGCUGCCCUCCUCGAUGCCAGCGCCCGGGCGCGCCACAGACACCUGCCCGGCUCCGCUUGGACCGGAGCGUUCUCCAGUGGCCAGGGCUCGGGCAGCUGCUUCCAGCCUGGGACCGGCCUCGGCCUCCGGCAGAGCGCCCCGGGGCCUGGACAUGAGCGCCCAGGAGCCCCCGCAGGGUCGGAGAUUCCCCAUUGAGGCCGGAGACUCCAGUGGCCUUGCCGCCGCCCCCGAGUCCCAGGACAGCCCGGAGGCGGUAGCGACGGAGCACAACCCGGUCAGCAGGCCGCUUCGACGUUGCCCCGGCUGCCACUGCCUGACGCUGCUGCACGUGCCCAUCGACGUCUACCUGGCCAUGGGCGGGAGCCCCCGGGCUCGCGCCACGUGAGCGCAUUGCGGCUCCACGGGAGCCGGGCGGGAACGAGGCCCGCCGCGGGCCACCACGCUGAGGUCGCACGCGCCGAGCACGAGACAAUGAUGCACAUUUUAAAAUAAAAGAAUGAUGCACAUUUUAAUAAAGCACAGCAUAAACUGUUCUUUCCA